GAAGAGGCCUCUCAAUCUCAUCCCUCCUUUCCUUCCUCGAUAAAUAGGCUCUAUCUUCGCCCCUCUAACAAUCCCUUCAUCCUCAAAAACCAGAAGAAACCAAGGCGAGAGAGAUAGAGAGAGGAUCCUUUAAGCCCCCAUUUCAUCUCUCUCUCCCCUCUUUGUUUCCUCUGUGUUAUCCCGCCAACCAGCUGACUGGCCAUUGCCCUUCAGCCACCAUCUUCAUAAAUCUCACAUUUUGCCCUCUUGGAACGCACAACAUUGUCUCCUUCUUGCUUCACUCCUUGAGAUAAGCGAAAAUGGUUUUCUGGAUUUUUGGCUAUGGUUCAUUGGUGUGGAACCCAGGUUUUGAAUAUGAUGAGAAAGUGAUUGGAUUUAUCAAGGACUACAGGCGUGUCUUUGAUCUUGCGUGCAUUGAUCACAGAGGUACACCUGAGAGUCCUGCAAGAACUUGCACGCUGGAAAAUGUUGAAGGAGCUAUUUGCUGGGGAGCUGCCUAUUGUGUACGGGGAGGUCCUGAAAGGGAAAGAUUAGCUAUGGAGUAUUUGGAGAGGAGAGAAUGCGAAUAUGAUAAAAAGACCCUCGUAGACUUUUAUAAGGAAGGGGAACCCUCACAACCUGCUUUAACUGGAGUUAUAGUUUUCACAUCGACUCCAGACCAGGUGUCAAACAAGUACUACCUCGGGCCUGCCCCUUUGGAGGAAAUGGCUAGGCAAAUUGCAACUGCUCAUGGACCAUGUGGGAACAACAGAGACUAUCUCUUCCUGCUAGAAAAAGCCAUGUUUGCGAUCGGUCAUGAGGACGAGAUGGUGAUAGAACUAGCAAAAGAAGUGAGGAAGGUUCUUGGAAUUACAGGGAAUGGUAUUCCCACUGAGAAGAAGAUAACUGGGACAUCCCCGAAAGCGCUCAUAUCCCAUAUGCCAGUCCUUCAACUUCGUCCACUCCAAGAAGCCGUCGUAAUGGACUCUUGAAAGUCGAAGACCUAUACAUUAGAGAUUAAACCAAGCUUCGUUAGCCCAACCUUUCUGAAUCUUCCGUUGACCUUUCCACACCAGAGGAAGAGCUGUUUUUUAUAGUAGAGUCUGUAGCAGUCUAUCUAGUCUUUUGACAGUGCCACAUCUCUAACCUUCAAUUAGAUUAAGUUCCAAACGGCAAAAGAUGUUUACUUGUUCUUAUUGGCCAAAUGACAGAAAAGUAGAUGGAACAACUUCUUUUAUUCAACCUUUUAUUUCCAAUGAAAAUAACGAGGAAUAAUUCAAUUUCCAUUCUUUCA